UCAGUCUGGCUCAUGAAAAUCGCACAAGUCAGAGCUGCUUCCUGUUUUUCUCCAGUUCCGCUUUUCCCUCAUGCCUUGUUAGAGUAGGCAGUUCUGUGGACGAAGACCAGGAAGACGGGAAGACAAAACCGACCGGAGUUUGUACCGUUCGGGGGAGAGUUUUGUUGGGGUUGUUGAGACUGUGCCUGAAGCCAUGGGGGCUGUUGGAGGUGCUGACAGGGGGGACGGGAGCAGCAAAGGACUUUCAGGGCAGAGGACAGACUCUUUUAUGUAGAGCAAACUCAUUCUAUGAGCAAUCCUCCAAACCAGACAAACCAGAUUGGUGUUGAUGGAUUCUCGAAGGCAGCGCUGCUCCAAAGCCUCUCAGGCUGCCGAGGAGUAGACGCCGCUGCCCCAAAGGCUCCUCAGGCCACGUUAGUGAGGAAGGUUGGGGCUCCAGGAUCAUGGAAGCUCUGAGAGAAACCUUUCUUCAUCUGACUUUCCAGAUGUCAACAUACAAGAGAGCCACUCUGGAUGAGGAGGACCUGGUGGACUCCACCGGAGACGACGUCUACACAUCCUCACCUAUGCAGGUGACUCUUCUGCAGGGCCGGGGGGCUUCCUGCUGGCCGGACAAGACUCCGAGGGAGAGGAGGCUGCUGCUCUCGGUCUGCGUGCUGUCGGUGGUCCUGUUUGUGUCGCUCAUCUGUGCAGGAGUUUUCUACAAACAGGCUCACCCGGGCUCGUGCCUGACGGGACCAUGCAUCACCGUGGCCAGCGCGGUCAUGGGAGCUCUGGACAGAUCUGUGGACCCCUGCCAUGACUUCUACGACUUUGCUUGUGGGGGCUGGGUGAAGAACAACCCCCUUCCCGAGGGGAAGUCCCGGUGGGGUCCUUUCAGCAACCUGUGGGAGCACAACAUGCUUGUGAUGAAGCAUUUAUUAGAAAACACAACAAUGAAAGGUUUGAGUAAAGCUGAAGAGAAAGCUCAGAGAUAUUAUCAGGCCUGCAUGAACGAGUCCAAGAUUGAGGAGUUAGGAGCCCAGCCUCUCCAGCAGCUGAUCAGCCAGUUAGGAGGCUGGGCUCUGAAUGGGCCCUGGGACAAGAACAACUUCCAGGAGGUCCUGCGGAAAGUGUCGGGCAGCUUACGCACAUCGCCGUUCUUCACCGUCUUUGUUAGCACGGACUCCAAGAAUUCCAACAGCAACGUCAUCCAGGUGGAUCAGUCCAGCUUGGGGCUCCCCUCCAGAGAUUACUACCUCAACAAAACAGCAAAUGAAAAGUAUCUCACGGCAUACCUGACCUUCCUGGUGGAGUUGGGGGUUCUUCUGGGCGGCACGGAGGAGACGUCUCAAACGAUGAUGAAGGAGAUUGUGGACUUUGAAACCACCUUGGCCAACAUCACCGUCCCUCAAGAGGAGAGGAGAGAUGAGGAGCUCAUCUACCACAAGAUGAAGGUGGAGGAUCUGAAGACUCUGGCCCCGGCUGUGGAGUGGAUGCCAUACCUGAGUGAAGUGUUCGAGCCGGUGCCACUUAACCAGUCCGAGCCGGUUGUUGUUUAUGCCAAAGAGUAUCUCCAGAAAGUUUCCGACCUCAUAGAGAAAACUAAUAAAAGCCUCCUCAACAACUAUAUGAUUAUGAAGGUAGUGAGAAAGAUGGUUUCUGUUUUAGACCAAAGGUUCCAGGAUGCAGAGCAGCGCUUCCUGGAGGUCAUGUACGGCACUAAAAAGAGCUGCACUCCUCGUUGGAAGCUGUGCGUCAGCGACACGGACAGCGCCCUGGGCUUCGCCCUCGGGGCCAUGUUCGUCAAAGACACAUUUGCUGAGGACAGCAAAGACAUUGCGGAGGAGAUGGUCGGUGAAAUAAAAUGGGCCUUUGAGGACAGCCUGAAGGACGUCAGCUGGAUGGAUGCAGAAACUAAGAAAGCAGCUAAAGAAAAGGCAGACGCCAUUUACAACAUGGUGGGAUACCCCGAAUUCAUCAUGAAUGCCACAAAGCUGGACAAAGUGUUCAAUGAUUUUGAGGUGGAGUCAGAACUUUACUUCCAGAAUGUGAUGCAGUACUACAACUUCUCUGCCAGAGUGACUGCAGACCAGCUGAGGAAAGCUCCCAACAGGAACCAGUGGAGCAUGACCCCUCCUACUGUAAAUGCGUAUUACAACCCAACCAAGAAUGAGAUGGUCCUGCCAGCUGGAAUCCUGCAAGCUCCGUUUUAUAGUCGAUCAUGGCCCAAAGCUCUAAACUUUGGUGGAAUCGGGGUGGUCAUGGGUCAUGAACUGACACAUGCGUUUGAUGAUCAAGGACGGGAGUACGAUAAGGAUGGAAACCUGCGUCCUUGGUGGAAGAACUCGUCUGUGGAGGCCUUCAAGAGACAGACUCAGUGCAUGGUGGAGCAGUACGGAAAUUACAGCAUUAACCAGGAGCCGCUGAAUGGAAAACACACCCUGGGAGAAAACAUUGCGGACAAUGGUGGAUUAAAAGCUGCUUAUAAGGCUUAUGUGAACUGGAUUGAAAAGAACGGCGAGGAACCCACGCUGCCUGCCCUUGGAAUGACCAACCAUCAGCUGUUUUUCGUUGGAUUUGCCCAGGUCUGGUGCUCCGUCAGGACACCAGAGAGCUCACAUGAGGGCGUGAUCACAGACCCCCACAGCCCAUCGAGGUUUCGGGUCAUCGGCACCAUCUCCAACUCUCGUGAAUUCUCCAAGCACUUUGGUUGCCGUGCCAACGCCCCCAUGAACCCCAAACAUAAGUGUGAACUGUGGUGAUGCCUUGUUGCUCGCAGUGCUGUUUCACAGCAGAUGAAAUGUGGAAUGAUUGCCCAAAGUACUGACAGAAAUUCAGAAACCACUGAAACUUUGAAUUCCGUGCCUCUUAAUAAAGAUUGUAGAAUGUUGAUCUCCACAACAGCCUUCCUUAAGCUCUGAAACUAAAAGUGGCUCUAAAUGUGUUUUCCCAACACUGGGAAUUCAACCGACGGUUAAAAAAAAAUGGGAGAACCCCUCCAGUUAUGCAAAUUGUUUAUUCACUCUGUAUGGAAUAAGCAGUGUUAUUACAGUUGCUUUUCACCGUGGAUGGAUCUGCUCUGAUUUAAUGUGUUGUAUUUAUAGUUAUAUUUUUAUAAAACAGCAUACCAGGGACCUGUAAGAUCUAUAAGCUUGACAAAAACUGAAAAGUUUUGUGCAAAACUCUUUUUAUCACUGUGCCAUUGUCAUUUUUUCAUGUAUUUGUAAAGAAAACAUAUAAAUAUUUGUUUGUAAAACUGUGCCACGCAGAUGAUGUGCAUAGGCCAAGCCAUAAUGUGUCAUACCUGGAAUGGAGAGUUUGUCACAAAUUAUUUUGUAUAUUAAAACAAAUUUGGUGAAACGC